AUGCACCCGCUCUCCAAGCACCAAUGGCUCGUGAACGAAGCUGCAAUCGCUGCGAUCACGCACGGCGACGCUCCUGGCCCUGGGAACAAAUCGUCGAUGGAGAUCGCCGAGCUCGAGCAAGUGUACAAGGUGUUUUUGUUUUACGACUCGUCCUUCCAUGGCGACCAACUUCCGUCCAUCAACCUCGCGCGGUUCCUUGAAGUCAUGCGCGAUGCCCACGUUUUGUCCGUCAACUUUACCGAGCUACAUGCGGAAGAAAUCUUUGCCACCGCGAUGCUCGGAAAGCUCCGCACGUACCUCGAUGCAGACGGUGCGCCCGCGCUCUCCUUCAAGCUCUUUUGCGGUGCACUCAUGCAAGCUGCCAUCGUCAAGGUGGCCUUGACUUCGCUGAACAUUCUUGCCGUACUCUCGCGCUGA